UUUAAUCAGUUCCGGAUCGGGAAGUAAAAUAGAGGAUGCUAUUGAUCGGCUCCUGCAAAUAUGGGAUCGCACAUUUGUGGUCCGAAAUGAUGUUUUGAAAAUAGAAAAACUGAUUUGCAAAAAAACUUUUUCUGCACUUACAAUUGCUGUCACUGCAAAUUUCCUCUACUGUAAAAUUCAGUGAAUGAUUUUGAACUCUGCUUUCAACUUAUAAAAAUGAGUGAGGGAAUCUUCAACUUAAAAAUUGUUCCCGAUUUUACUUUCUUGUCCAGAUGCAAGAAUCACAGAUCGACUGUUGGUCAAAGAAAACGGCCACAUUUAUGGAUAUUAUAUAUCGUUUUACUGUCAUCGUUCAUUGACCAGUUCCGAUCAGUGGUAUACUGCGAAUUCAAUUUUGGAUAUGAAACGGAGGACUACAUGUCUGCCGUCAUCAACUUGACCUACGUCGACCCAGUUUCUGGGCUGCUGGUUCAAGAAAAUCUCGAAAUGGGGAAGUUGUUACCCGGCAAAACAGAAGAAGUCACUGGCGUCGUUGUUCAUGUCACGAGCAACAAUCACACCAAUCACAUGGCUUGUGAAAAGCUGGAUGCCAACAUCGUCCCGAAGGAGCCAUUCAUUGCUUUGAUCAAACAUGGAAGCUGCCGAGAUCAAGUCAAGUUGCGAAAUGUUGCCGAUGAAAAUGCUUCUGCUGCAGUUCUGUACAGUGAUAAUCACAGUACUCGAUUUAUUAAAGUCGAACGUAAAGCCAAUCGCAUUACAUUUGUUGUAAUCAGUGAGAAAAAAGGCGAGCAAAUUGCAGCCCUGGUCGAUAAUGGAACUCGUGUGAUGAUGCGCAUUGGUAUUGGAUCCAGAGGUGUUUUCAGAUUUGGAACAAUCAACAAGACAUCCGUGCUGUUUGUUUCCAUUUCUUUCAUUCUUCUGAUGGUCAUCUCGUUCGCAUGGCUCGUCUUCUACUACGUUCAACGAUUCCGAUACAUUCAUGCUAAAGAAAUAUUGUCGAGACAACUUUGCAGUGCUGCUAAAAAGGCCCUGGAUAGAAUACCGGUGAAAACUGUAAAAAGCGAUGAUUCGGAAAAUGAAGAUGAUUUUGAAUGUUGCGCCAUCUGCAUCGAGCACUUUCAACAUGGCGAGCUUAUCCGAUCAUUGCCAUGCAACCAUUGCUUUCAUAAAAUUUGCAUUGACCCUUGGUUGUUGGAACAGAGAUCAUGCCCAAUGUGCAAACUGGAUAUUCUUCUUCAUUUUGGAUUAGUGUACACAGGAAGUCAAGAAAGUGUGCUAGAAAUCGAUGAUGACGACUUUUUCAGACCACGCCACAGUUUAGCGGAACAUGACAUCGUCUUAGUUCAAAACCAAAGACGCCACUCUAGUGUCCGAGUGGCCAUCUCCAGACGAGAAGACCGAGCCACUUCUCCUUGUAGUUUAUCCUCCCUCAAUCCCGAUGCUGUGGUAGAGCAGUCAUUUGUCUGUACUACCGUCGAUAUGUCCGAUGUUGCUGUUAACACCAGCGAUCCACCGUCAGAGGCUGAUUACGAAAGCAGUGAAGACAGAUGGACUUCACCGUUCCCUAAAAAAUUUCAGCCACUGACCAAUAGAGGGAGCGUGGAGGCACUGGCCUUGCAAUGUACAUCCACAGUUAUGACCACAGAAGAAGAGAACUAUGAAAUCUGUGAUUUAACUUUCGAAGAUUAACAACCGAGUCAAAGCAAAGUAUUCAAUGUGAUAAUCCUUUUUUGAAAAUGCUUGUUCUUAGAAGAAUUCGUUGUAGUA